CAUUUCUGAACUGUGGAACUCACCAUUCUUCCUCUCCGUUGCGGCGGCGGCGAUCUGCUCCUCGUCGGAUCUCCGACAAUCUACCCCUAUCUACUCUUCCCUCUCCUCCCUCUAUCCAAAAAAAAAAAAAUUGUUUGUUAAUUUCGUGCUUUGUGUGUGUGUGUGUGUUUGAUUUUGUUUUCUGAUAUGGUUUGCGUUCUAUAAAUUAAAAAGAGGAGAGGGAAGAAAAAAUUAAAAAAAAAUUGAAAAAUUUUGAAAAACAAAAAAUUGUUGUUUUGGUAGAUAUGUGGCUGUAUGUCAGUGACCUCGACACGAGUGUGACGGAAUCGCAGCUGUAUGAUCUGUUUAACAAGCAGGGUGAAGUGAUCUCUGUUCGAAUAGCAAGGGACUUGGUUACUCAGCGAUCAUUCGGUUACGGCUUUAUUUACUACGCAAACCGAGAAAAUGCUAGGAGGGCAUUUGAGCUACUGAACCUUCAUGUUCUGAAUGGAAAGCCCCUUAGGAUAGCAUAUUCUCCUGGCGGGGUUGGAAAAAUUUUUAUUAAGAAUUUGGACAAGGCUAUUGGCCACCAUGAACUAUAUCACGUGUUUUCUGAAGUUGGAGAUAUUCUCUCUUGUAAGAUAGCAAAAGAUGACUCUGGUCAGUCAAAAGGCUACGGGUUUGUGCUAUAUGAUAGUGAGGAAGGUCGCCAAAGCGCUAUUGAGAAGCUUAAUGGUAUUGUGUUGAAUGGUAAGCCAGUAUAUGUGGAACCCUUCUGUCAUAAGAACGAAAGAGAAAUGCUUUUGGAGAAGGCAAAAGGCACCAAUCUCUAUGUGAGAAAUUUAUCGACAUCAAUAACUGAAGAAGAUCUGAAGAAAAUAUUUGGUGAAUUUGGAACAAUCUCUAGUGCUGCGGUGAUGAAGGAUGCUGAUGGAAAUUCUAAGUGCUUCGGUUUUGUCAACUUUGAGAGUGCAGAUGAUGUUGCUCGAGCUGUUGAGUCUCUUAAUGGACAAAACAUUGAUAAUAAUAAUGAGUGGUAUGUUGCGAUAGCCCAAAAAAAAUCUGACAGGGAACUUGAAUUGAAACUUCAAUUUGAGAACAUGCUAUACAUUAAAAAUUUAGAUGAUUGCGUUGGUGAUGAUAAGCUUAAGGAAUUGUUCUCUCCAUUUGGUAUCAUAACUUCAUGCAAGGUUAUGCGAGGCUCUAAUGGAAUAAGUAGGGAAUCAGCAUUUGUUGCAUUUUCUACUUCCGAAGAGGCAUCUAGAGCACUAUUGGAGAUGAAUGACAAGAUUGUUUUUGGGAAACCUCUUUAUGUUGCUCAUGCACAACGAAAAGAAGAUAGAAGAGCAAGAUGGAAGGUUCAAGUCCACCCUGAGGCUGUGAAUGUUGGUGGAAACCAGUCUAUGAGGACAUCGCUGUAUGUCAGUGACCUUGAGCUGAAUGUGACCGCUUUGCAGCUAUUUGAUCUGUUUAACCAGCUGGGUCAGGUGGUAUCUGUUCAAGUAUGUGGGGAUUUCACUACUCAGCGAUCGCACGGUUACAGUUAUGUUAAUUAUUCAAACCCUGAAGCUGCUGGGAGGGCAUUGGAGGUGUUUAACUUGUAUCCUCUGAAUGGAAAACCAAUUAGGAUAAGAUAUUCUCAUCGUGGGGCUGGAAACAUUGUUGUUAAGAAUUUGGAUGAGGCUAUUGACCACGGAGCACUACAUGAUGUGUUUUCUUCAUUUGGAAAUAUUCUCUCUUGUAAGGUAGCAACAGACGACUCUGGUCAGUCAAAAGGCUAUGGGUUCGUGCUGUAUGAUAGCGAGGAAGCUGCACAAAAAGCUGUUGAGAAGUUUAACGGUAUGGUGUUGAAUGAUAAGAAAAUAUGUGUGGGGCCCUUUCGUAAGAAGCAUGAAAGGGAAAUGGCCUUGGAGAAGGAAAAACUGACCAAUGUGGUGGAGGGAGUAGACAAAUCUCAACGGCUAAACCUGUACAUUAAACAUUUAGAUGAUAGCAUUGGCGAUGAUAAGCUUAAGGAAUUGUUCUCCCCAUUUGGUACCAUAACUGCAUACAAGGUUUUGCGAGACGCUAAUGGAAUAAGUAGGAAAUCAGGAUUUGUUGCAUUUUCUACUCCCGAAGAAGCGUCUACAGCUCUGGUGGAGAUGAAUGGCAAGAUGGUUGUCAGCAAACCUCUUUAUGUUGCUUAUGCAGAACGAAAGAAAGAUAGAAGAGUGAGAUUGCAGGCUCAAUUUUCUCAAAUGCAUGCAGUUGCAAUGGUGCCUUCAGUUGCUCCUUGUAUGCCAAUAAAACCCCCUUGUGGGCUGGGUCUUGGAGAACAAAUAUUCGGUGGACAAGCUCGUCCUGCUAUCACACUUCCCCAAGGUCAGUAUCCUUGUGGCAGACAUGCAGGAGGUGUUCCAGUGCAGCAGGGCCAACAGCCGGUUCCACUUAUGCAGGAGCAGGCUCAACUUUCUCAAAUGUGUCCAGUUGCAGUGGCACCUUUAGUUUCUCCUUGUAUGCCAAUAUGCUCCUCUGGUGGUCAUGGUCUUGGACAACAAAUAUUCCAUGGACAAGCUCCGCCUGCUAUCACACCCCGCCAACAGCAACUUGUACCAGGAACACGGCCUGGUCAACUUCCCAUUCCGAAUUUCUUUUUGCCAGUGGUUCAGCAGGGUCAGUAUCCUGGUAGCAGACAUGCAGGAGGUGUUCCAGUGCAGCAGGGCCAACAGCCGGUUCCACUUAUGCAGGAGCAGGCUCAAUUUUCUCGAAUGCAUCCAGUUGCAGUGGCACCUUUAGUUUCUCCUUGUAUGCCAAUAUGCCCCUCAGGUGGUUCUGGUCUUGGACAACAAAUGUUCCGUGGACAAGCUCCGCCUGCUGUCACACCUCCCCAACAGCAACUUGUACCAGGAACGAGGCCUGGUCAACUUCCCAUUCCGAAUUUCUUUGUGCCACUGGUUCACGGCAUACAUCCUGGUGGCAGACAUGCAGGUGGUGUUCCAGUGCAGCAGUGCCAACAGCCGGUUCCACUUAUGCAGCAGCAGAUGCUGCCAAGGGGGCAGAUCUACCAUUAUCCCACAGGGCGUGGCCUGCCUGAUGUUUCCAUGUCAGGUGUUGCUCAAGGCAUGCUUUCCAUUCCUUACCAUAUUAUUGGUGGGAUGCCUUUGCGUGAUGGGGGAAUAUCUCAACCAACUCCAAUUGGGUCAUUGGCUUUUGCCCUUUCAAAUUUUUCUCCUGCAGACCAGAGGACGAUGCUGGGCUAAAAUUUGUAUCCACUUUGCGGAACAACUGGUGCCUGUGAUGGAAACUGAAGGUAACUGGCUUUCUUCUGGAGAUGGAUCGGAAGUUUUUUGCAUUUGCUGGAGUCACCAGAAGCAAGCUCUGAAAGCCGAAGGUUGUGGAGGCUGUCUUAAAUGAUUGCCUUGUUUCCUGAUUAAUCUGUAGUUUCAGCUGAUUUUGAAAUCAGUUUUAAAUGUAUGAAUUCUAGAAUGGUUUUAAGUGAGUUUCUCUUGUAGGGCAGAACCCUUUGUUUUUUUUUUGUCUUAUUUGUUGCACUCACAACUUUUCAGAACAGAUCUUUAUGUGUUCUUGGCUUGGAAGUAGUUCUAGAUGCAGAUGAUAAGACCCGUCUUCGUGCAUAAA